CAACACGUCAGUCUCAGUCAGAACCAUCGCUCAAGAAAUUGUCUUCAGUUUAUAUUUUUUGCGAAUUCGCUAGUUUGAUCAAGUUAUGAAGUUAUAACUAUCAAGAGAUUCUAAUUGGAGGGCUGUAUAGUGUUUGAGUGAUAAUUACGGAAGACAACUUACCGGCGGAGAAUGCUACCCAAUAUUUACGAAAUGUCGCUACUCAGCGAUAGCCAGAGGCUCAGCACGGUGCUACUGUUUCUAUUUAUAGAAAUGUUCAUCGACCGUGCACAAUCAGCAGCCUCACAAGCAGAGAUUGAGAGGCAUCUGGAGAUGGGAAGAGAUUUACUGGCUCGGGGGCAACUCUCGGAUGCAUUAACACAUUAUCAUGCCGCAGUCGAGGGUGACCCAAACAACUAUCUAACGUAUUUUAAGCGAGGCACGGUCUAUUUGGCCCUCGGAAAGGCGAAAUUCGCAGUCAACGAUUUUUCCCGUGUGCUGGAACUGAAGCCGGAUUUUUUGGCUGCUCGAGCCCAGCGAGGUCAGGUGUAUCUGAAGAUGGGUGAUUUUGACAGUGCUGAAAUGGAUUUUAUGAAUGUGCUCAGAAUGGAUCCCAACAACGAUGAAAUAAACUUCCAGUAUGGACGAAUCGAACCGGCCAGAGAUCAGUGGGCGCUAUGUUUGGAUGUGAUACACCGGGGUGACUACACGACUGCCGUCGCUUUGCUAACGCAACUGUUGGAGAUGUGUCCUUGGUCGGUGGAGAUUCGUGAAACACGUGCGCAGGCUUACAUUCGUAUUGGCGAUCGGCUAGCCGCCGUCAGCGAGUAUCGCUCUGUCAAUCGGUUGUCUCUAGAUAGUACCGAAGGUUAUUAUACGUUAUCUAAGCUUUUAUAUGAUCUGGGUGACUCAGCGGCGGCCUUAAAAGAGAUUCGCGAGUGCUUGAAGCUCGAUCCUGAACAUAAAGACUGCUUCCCGUUUUAUAAAAAAAUUAAGAAAGUGGAUAAAGUUCAUACUGAAACACAGUUAGCUUUGGAAGAACAGCGGUAUAAGGAAUGUGCCGAAUAUGCAGAAAAACUCGUAAAGCUAGAACCGGAUGUUCCGAUGAUAAGGUACAACGGAAAACAGCUUCUCUGCUCCUGUAUGUUAAAAGAUGAGCAAUACACAGCAGCCGUAGGUCGUUGCCGAGAGGCUUUGGAUAUUUAUCAGGAUCCAGAGGUGAUGUGCGAUCGAGCCGAAGCACUCAUCGGUGCCGAAAUGUACGAUGAUGCUAUACACCAGUAUCGUGAAGCACUAGAUAUCAACGACAAUCUCCAACGAGCCAAAGAGGGUAUCGAACGCGCCCAGCGGUUGCAGAAGCAGGCGGAGCGACGUGAUUAUUAUAAAAUUUUAGGAGUUAAGCGAUCUGCCACUAAACAAGAGAUUGUUAAGGCAUACCGAAAAGCCGCUCAAAAGUGGCACCCAGACAACUUCCAGGGUGACGAAAAGAAGGUAGCAGAGAAAAAGUUUAUCGAUGUUGCUGCGGCGAAAGAAGUGCUUACCGAUCCGGAAAAAAGGCGGCAAUUCGAUGCCGGCGAAGAUCCGUUGGAUCCUGAAGCGAACCGAGGCUUCGGAGGCGGCAAUCCGUUCCAUCACUUCCAACAUGGGUCUCCGUUUCAGUUCAAAUUUCACUUUACGUAGAAAUCGGGAUCGAAAUUAUCGGGAUGUAACUAGUUUACUAUCAAUACUUACAAGUUUUCUAUCUAUAUUCACCUGUUGAUGCCGUACAGUGCCAGCUUUAAUUUAUUGCUCUUUGUUUUAUUUCGAUUUUCUCUAGUUUUUCAGAUGUAAAAUAAUGAUUCUACUGUCAUCAAUAAUAUAAACUAGGCAAAUCACUGCAAGUCGAAUUUAGGAGGCAAUUAUAAUUCUUUUAAAAAAGAAUUGAUGAAACCAAUCUCCAAUGUGAGAAUUGAGUUCCAGUCGAAAAGAAAAGUGAUGAGAUAUUUUAGGAAACGUUAUUGGUUCACGCUUGGUUGGAACAAAUCAUUUGGUUUCCUUUUAUUUCUCGUUUUUCUUCGGUCAACUCAAAGAACUGAAUUAGAUUGAAACGAGACCCUAGUGUAAAUGAUCGCCUAUCACAUUAAAAUAUAUAGCGUAAGAUAA